AUCUUGAUGAAUUAGGUUAUUUUUUAUCUGAUAUUGAAAAGGUAAUAAAACCUGACUAUGCAAGUCCAGAAAUUAGUAGCAAAGAAAAUGAAGAAGAUAUAUUUUAUAUUGUUCAAAUUCCAUGGUGA